AACCCACUUAUAAAGCCCAGUAAAGGAAAUGUGAGGUGAUCAGCAGGUGUAUACAAAUCCUGGUAGAUUCUACUGGGAAACGCGAAGGCCCUGCCCAGGAGGCGAGGUUUGAACAACCACAGAUACGUCAGCGACCUCUAGGAUGGCUCCUGACCCUGCAGGGGUUUGGGGCCCGAGGCCCUUGGCAUCAAACAUGCCUUUCCUUUUUGAGUCACUGAUUCGAAUGGCAUUUCUUGGAAAUGGAGGUGGAUUCUUUUUCAAGCGCAUAGAAAAAGCCACCCUAGGCACGUUGGGGGGUUGGCUGCCCUGAGCGCACUUUUAACUGCGGAGGAAAAGUGAUCGCAGGAAACCCAUAAAGAGGCAGAGUCCUCAGUGACCUUGAGCCGAAGGGCAUAUGUUCUAAAUGCCCUCCUUGGGUGGUCAGCCCUGGGAAGGUGCCCCCCUAGUUCAAGGCACAUUCCCCUACGGGAUAAGCUAGGACACGGAACAGUUGUUUUUCCAUUCAACUCAAUUCUGUCCUCAGUGUGGACACUCCGGAGGUACUUGCAGCAGGAGGUCCUGCCAGGUCCUGCAGGCAGAACUGUUCCUCCCAUGGGGAUGAGGUCGCUCGUUUCCGCUCCGUCCGGUGGGGGUGGGGGUGGGGUGGGAGGGGAGGUAGUGCUGCUGCCUGGAUUACCCCACAGCCGUGUAUCUCCCCUUAAUCCUCCGGUGGAGCAGAAAGGUAGCCUGAGACGCCUGAAUUGUCUUAAUUCCUGGCUGUUCUGCCACAUAUAAAAUACGGACGAGUCUCCUUACCCAGUGAGUUUCUGCAGUCAGCUUUCACAGAAGUCAAGCCAUUGGUUCAGGGGAGAACAAAGCUGCAGGAAACAUGGAACUUUCUUACCCCUUCUUGAAAAUGCAAGUCAUGUUGCCUAGAAAAUACUUUUCUCCCUUGGUGAUCUGCACCCUGCCAGCGCUGGAGCUAUGGAAGAGGCAGCUGAAGUUAUUCCAAGAAAGCGGUGGAAGUUUGGUAAUAAAAGGAAGUGACAUUUCCCCCCUGCCUCCAGGCUGGGUUCCUGGGAGUGCAGAGGGCCAAAAGGAAACUGCUCAGCAUGGGGAGGUGAUUCUUUGCUGGCCCCCUGCCCGCGGGCCAGGCGUCCUAGCCGUGCUGGGCACGCGAGAGAGCGGGGCCGUGUGCAAAGACUCCCAGUGCUGAAUGCAAUGUGAUGAGUAAGAGGAUGCCAAUUGGUUCGAUAGGUGUAGGUAAACAAGAGCAAAUAUAUCUAGAGCGGUGUGCAGCCUGCCCAGGUUCCUGGAGGCUUGGCUGAUAGCCUCUCCGGGGCUGGCUCAGGGGCAGAGGGGAGAGUGCCUGACUCAGCAGGUGCCUCCCCACCCUGCCCCCGCUGCUAGUCAGGAGGACGCUUUUCAAGUGUUUUCAUCUGAUGUGACCAGAUAGCCUGGAGAAGGUGAACCGCUGUCUUGGGGGGUGAGAGUGUGACCAUGGACGCUGCCAUGGAGAGAGCUGGGGACCAGAUGCCCGGGAGCUCCGAGUCAUCCUGCCUGGCCACUCUGGAUGACCCACAGGUGAUCCUUCUGUCUGUCCACAAGCAGUGGUCCUUCAGGAGGAGUCCUGGGGCCAAGAGCUCCACCAGGCCAGUGAUUUCAGAGGGGGAAGACCCUCUCUCAUCAGAGGCAGAAUUUCCACAGAAGGUUUUGAACAGAACACAGGAAAUUGGUUCCAAUCAGAUCCUGUCGAAGCUUUCCUGGCCCACCCAUGCCCGGGAGCCCAAGAUGAAGCAGAGUUUUGCCUUUGACAACUCUGGCUACGAGGAAGGCCUGGACGGCGUGUGCCCCUCCCAGACGGCCAGCGGCACCAUCCGCGUCGGGGGCAUGACCUGCCAGUCGUGUGUGAAGUCCAUCGAGGGCAGGGUCUCCAGCUUGAAGGGCAUCCUAAGCGUCACGGUCUCCCUGGAGCAGGGCAGCGCGGCCGUGAGGUACGUGCCCUCCGUCCUGAGCCUGCCUCAGGUGUGCCGUCAGAUAGAGGACAUGGGCUUCGAGGCCAGCGUGGAGGAGGGAAAGGCUGCCUCCUGGCCGUCCCGGGUCUCGCCCGCCCCGGAGGCCGUGGUCAAGCUCCGGGUGGAGGGCAUGACCUGCCAGUCCUGCGUCAGCUCCAUAGAAGGCAGGCUCAGGAAACUGCAGGGCGUCGUGCGGGUCCGCGUCUCGCUGGGCAACCAGGAGGCGGUCAUCACUUACCAGCCUUACCUCAUUCAACCCCAAGACCUCAGGGAGCACGUGAACGACAUGGGGUUUGAUGCCGUCAUCAAGAACAAGGUGGCCCCUGUGAGCCUGGGACCUAUUGACGUCGGGCGGCUCCAGAGCACCCACCCAAAGGCGCCCCCGGCUCCCGCUGACCAGAAUGGCAGUAGCGCUGAGAGCUCGGGGCGCCAGGGGGUCACCCUGCACCUGAGAGUGGACGGGAUGCACUGUAAGUCUUGUGUCCUGAACAUCGAAGAAAAUAUAGGCCAGCUCCCAGGGGUGCAGAGUAUUCGAGUGUCCUUGGAGAAGAGGACGGCCCGGGUCCAGUAUGACCCUUCCUGCGUCUCCCCGGGGGCCCUGCAGGCGGCCAUCGAAGCUCUUCCUCCCGGGAAUUUCAGAGUCUCUCUUCCCGACGGCGCAGCGGAAGGGACAGGAACAGAUGCCAGGUCUCGCCCACACCGCUCCCCCGGGCCUCCCUGGAGCCCCCCGGCCCCCGGCGUGUGCUGUACCGCGGAGCUGGCCAUCAGAGGCAUGACCUGUGCGUCCUGCGUGCAGUCCAUCGAGGGCCUGGUCUCCCAAAAGGAGGGCGUCUACCACAUCUCAGUCUCUUUGGCCGAGGCUGGAACAGUUCUCUAUGACCCGUUGGUGACGCAGGCAGAAGAGCUCCGAGCUGCGGUGGAGGACAUGGGAUUCGAGGCCUCCGUCCUGGCUGAAAACUGUUCCAGCAACCACGUUGGGAACCACAGUGCUGAGAAUGCCACGGGGUCCACUGCGGUUGGUACCCCCAUGCCUGUGCAGGAAGGGGCUCCCCACCCUGGGCUCCCCACAAACCACCACCCCGGCCGCGCGUCCGAGAUCCCGCAGGCCUCCGCUGCGGUGGCCCCGCAGAAGUGCUUCCUGCAGAUCACAGGCAUGACCUGCGCGUCCUGUGUGUCCAACAUAGAGAGAAACCUGCAGAAAGAAGCUGGCAUUCUCUCCGUGCUGGUGGCCUUGAUGGCGGGAAAGGCAGAGGUGAAGUACAACCCGGACGUCAUCCAGCCCCUGGAGAUAGCGCAGCUCAUCCGGGACCUGGGCUUCGAGGCCACGGUGCUGGAGGACUACAAGGGCUCAGACGGCGACCUGGAGCUGGUGGUCACGGGGAUGACCUGCACUUCCUGUGUUCACAACAUAGAGUCCAGACUCACUCGGACGAACGGCGUCACCUACGCCUCCGUGGCCCUCGCCACCAGCAAAGCCCACGUGAAGUUUGAUCCUGAACUGAUCGGUCCGCGGGAUAUUGUCAGAAUUAUCGAGGAAAUCGGCUUUCACGCCUCCCUGGCCCAGAGGAACCCCAAGGCUCAUCACUUGGAUCACAAGGUGGAAAUAAAGCAGUGGAAGAAGUCUUUCCUGUGCAGCCUCGUGUUUGGCAUCCCCGUCAUGGGUUUAAUGAUCUAUAUGCUGAUACCCAGCCACGGGCCCCACGAGGCUAUGGUCCUGGACCACAACAUCAUCCCAGGACUGUCCAUCCUGAAUCUCAUCUUCUUUAUCUUGUGUACCUUUGUCCAGUUCCUCGGCGGCUGGUACUUCUACGUCCAGGCCUACAAGUCCCUGAGACACGGGGCGGCCAACAUGGACGUGCUCAUCGUGCUGGCCACCAGCGUCGCCUACGCCUACUCUCUGGUCAUCCUGGUGGUGGCCAUCGCCGAACGAGCCGAGCGGAGCCCCGUGACCUUCUUCGACACCCCCCCCAUGCUCUUCGUGUUCAUUGCGCUGGGCCGGUGGCUGGAACACGUGGCAAAGAGCAAAACCUCAGAAGCUCUUGCCAAACUCAUGUCUCUACAAGCCACAGAAGCCACUGUCGUGACCUUUGGCAAGGACAACUUAAUUGUCAGAGAGGAGCAGGUGCCCAUGGAGCUGGUGCAGCGUGGCGACGUCAUCAAGGUUGUCCCCGGGGGCAAGUUCCCAGUGGACGGGAAGGUUCUGGAAGGCAGCACCAUGGCCGACGAGUCUCUCAUCACAGGAGAGGCCAUGCCCGUCACUAAGAAGCCUGGAAGCACUGUGAUUGCCGGGUCCAUAAAUGCCCAUGGCUCUGUGCUCGUCACUGCCACCCACGUGGGCAACGAGACCACCUUGGCUCAGAUCGUGAAGCUGGUGGAAGAGGCUCAGAUGUCAAAGGCACCCAUUCAGCAACUGGCUGACCGGUUUAGUGGAUAUUUUGUCCCAUUUAUCAUCAUCAUUUCAACUUUGACGCUGGUGGUAUGGAUUGUAAUCGGUUUUGUCGAUUUUGGUGUUGUUCAGAAAUACUUUCCUAACCACAGCAAGCGCAUCUCCCAGGCGGAGGUGGUCCUGCGCUUCGCCUUCCAGACGUCCAUCACCGUGCUCUGCAUCGCCUGCCCCUGCUCCCUGGGCCUGGCCACGCCCACGGCCGUCAUGGUGGGCACCGGCGUGGCCGCCCAGAACGGCAUCCUCAUCAAGGGCGGCAAGCCCCUGGAGAUGGCCCACAAGAUAAAGACUGUGAUGUUUGACAAAACUGGCACCAUUACCCACGGGGUCCCCAAAGUCAUGCGGGUCCUCCUGCUCGUGGACGUGGCCACGCUGCCCCUCAGGAAGGUUCUGGCUGUGGUAGGCACUGCAGAGGCCAGCAGUGAGCACCCCCUGGGCGUGGCGGUCACCAGAUACUGUAAGGAGGAACUUGGCACAGAGACCUUGGGAUACUGCACAGACUUCCAGGCGGUGCCAGGCUGUGGGAUCGGCUGCAAAGUCAGCAAUGUGGAGGGCGUGCUGGCCCAGGGUGAGCGCCAGCAGGGCAGACCCACUGCUCACCUGAACGGGGUCAGCAGCAUGCCCUCAGAAACAGAUGCGGCCCCCCAGACCUUCUCUGUGCUGAUCGGAAACCGAGAGUGGAUGAUGCGCAACGGCUUGACCGUCACCAGCGACGUCAGCGACGCAAUGACCAAUCACGAGAUGAAGGGCCAGACGGCCAUCCUGGUGGCCAUUGAUGGUGUGCUCUGUGGGAUGCUUGCCAUCGCGGAUGCAGUCAAGCAGGAGGCCGCCCUGGCCGUGCACACACUGAAGAGCAUGGGCAUCGAUGUGGUUCUGAUCACGGGAGACAACCACAAGACAGCCAGAGCCAUUGCCACCCAGGUUGGCAUCAACAAAGUCUUUGCAGAGGUGCUGCCUUCUCACAAGGUGGCCAAGGUCCAGCAGCUCCAGAACGAGGGGAAGAGGGUCGCCAUGGUGGGCGACGGGGUUAACGACUCCCCGGCCCUGGCCCAGGCCGACAUGGGCGUCGCCAUCGGGACGGGCACGGACGUGGCCAUCGAGGCGGCUGACGUCGUCCUCAUCCGAAAUGACUUGCUCGACGUGGUGGCCAGCAUUCACCUCUCCAAGAGGACCGUCCGGAGAAUACGCCUUAACCUGGUCCUGGCGCUCAUCUACAACCUGGUCGGGAUACCCAUCGCCGCAGGUGUCUUCAUGCCCAUCGGCAUCGUGCUGCAGCCGUGGAUGGGCUCAGCGGCCAUGGCGGCCUCCUCCGUGUCCGUGGUCCUCUCGUCACUGCAGCUCAAGUGCUAUAAGAAGCCAGACCUGGCCCGGUAUGAGGCGCAGGCGCAGGGCCGCAUGAGGCCCCUGAGCGCGUCCCAGGUCAGCGUGCACGUGGGCAUGGACGACCGGCGGCGCGACCCACCCCGGGCGGCGCCUUGGGACCAGGUCAGCUACAUCAGCCAGGUGUCGCUGUCCUCGCUCAAGUCCGACAAGCUGUCCCGGCACAGCAUUGCGGCCGACGACAGGGGGGACAAGUGGUCUCUGCUCCUGAACGACCGGGACGAGGAGCAGUGCAUCUGAAAGCCGCAGGCUCCCCGUGGCCGAGGCUGCAGCCCAACAGGCAAAGCCCUUCUGCAGCCCGGCGCUUCCACUCCGUGGACAUUCUCGGUCGGCCCCCCUGCGGCACGUGGACCGUGGGCUCGUCGGACACCUCGAUGGCCUCGAGAAGAGGAGGGACUGCCAGCCCUCCCGCAGCCCUGUGCAUUAGCCGUGGGAUGCCUGCAUCUCAUCAGGACCGACUUAGCCUUUCCCUGGAACUUAUUAAAAACCCUCAGGGUCGGGCUGUUUUUGAUGACACCAGCGUGCAUCGCGUAUCUGAGACCACCAUUUACCUCAGGUGCACCCACUCUUUCCUGUUGGCGCCGUCUCUUCUGUUUCUGUCCCUGAUACCCGGGGUGUGGCACCCCGUCCCCGGAAGGCAGGGCUGACGUCCUCACGUCCCCGCUGCUGCUCUCGGGGGCCUCUCCUGCCUGAACCCCUCGCGCACACGCGCGCCAGCCAGCUUGCCGCGCUUCCCCUCCCAGGGAGGCGAGCGCUUUCUGCUUCUCCGUGGAGCCGUGGCUUCUCACCCCACAAAACGCCGCGCUGUGGCUGAUUGUCGCCGCCCGACUGAAGUGAGGUCUCGGAGCCCCAAAGUGGAGAAAUUCAGCUUCCUGUGGGGUCCGGGUGGACCCGGGAGCAAUGCGGUGCAGGAACCCGCUUUCCUGGCUCCAGGGGCUUCAGUGACAUGGGCUGCUGUGUGACCCACGGGUCAGCGUGGAGGUGAUGCCCAAUGUUGUGCAGCUCCGAGGAAACCAGACCCGCAGAAGACAGAGGAAACCCUCGUCCUCUGCCGCUUCCACUUCUACCCACUGAGCUGGGGCCUUGGGAAAGGGGUGACCACAGGCUCCCAAGGCAAGGUCUGUUUCUAAUUUUCACUGGCCUUCGUGGUUACACCACAUCCAUGGGACAGGAAAGGGGCCCAUGGUAGCCUCAGAAUCUUAGAAUAGCCAGAGCAGAGCCUGUUCCAAGUCCCCAAGGUGAAGCCCUUGUCACCUACACAAACUCAUGUUAGUUAUUUAUUGUAGUUAUUUUCCAGGGGGGUGUAAGCACUUUUUGUAAGUUACUUCUAAUCUUCCCCCGAAAAACCAGCAAAGCAGAUAAUGUCCACAAGUGGGAAACAGGCUCAGAGAGGCUAGGAAUCCCACCCAGGAUCACACAGCCCGUGUGCAUGCCAGAACAGGGAUCUGAAUUCCUGUCUGUUGGCCCUGAAGUUGUUUCUCUACCUUGGCUCUAACCUUGAGUAUUUCACUUGAUAGGAAUAAACAAGGACAAGGCCCUUGCUCCUGGAAGAGCAAGUCUGCCAGGGGGUGUAUUUGCUGACUCACGAGGUCACGUCACCUCCCGUUUGGAUGGUUCUUUUCCAUUGGCUCGUAAUUUCGUGUUUGCUGGGUCUCAUCCUCUAAAGUCCAUGUGCAGCGUUCGGUUCUCUUUUACUGUUUUCCGCCUUCCCUCGCGUCCCCAGCCCCCUCCUGCCCUGUGUCACCCCUCUUGUCCUCUCUUUUAUCCUGGCCGUGCUUGGGGAAUAUUUCGUGUUCUCUAAGUAAGUUAAUCGUUGUCUGAAGAAUCUAAUUGCAUUGAUCUUUUUGGAAAGCUUUUAGGACCAUAAAUGCCAGGUUUAUCCAGACAUAAAAAUAUUUAUAUAAUUGUACAGAAAAUAACCUUUUAGAUGUUCAAAGUGUAAGGGGAUUUUUUUUGGCAGGGGGGGUCACAAAAGAAGAAUUCCUACUUUGAAAACGUUCCAUGCUACACUAGAAUAAAGUUUCUUUUUUUUAUUCAUCUAAAAA